AGCAUUAGUGUUAGUAUGAUGAAACUUCAGCCAUUUAUUUCGUAAUACAUUUAGAUUCUUUCUUUUUUUCUUCAUUUAUUUAUUUAUUUUUGUUAUCGGGGAUUGAACUUACAACCUCCUGCUUACCAAGCAGGUGCUCAUGCCACUGAGCUAAACCCCCGGCCCCUGGGUUCUUAAUUUAGAACUUGUAUUUUAAAUCAGUUCUAUUGAUGUUAAAGUCAUCUUGGUUAUUGUGAAUUUCUUUAGUUUACACUAUAAGAUUUAAAAAGUGAUUAGGCGUAAGCCAUCGCAUUUGUAAGUAAACUUUUUAUAUAGUGCUCUUUACAUAAAUCAUUGGUAAGUAGUGAACAAAUUUUCUCCUAUUCUUAAAGGCCAUAUCAGCAUAAUUAUAUAGUACUUAAAUUGUUAGAGAAAAGUACAGGUGGGGUUUGUAUGAAGAACAUUCCGAGACUAAUCGUUGUUAAAUAUUGUAGAAGGCUAUCAAGACCAGGCAGGUGUGAAUACCAGCAAUCCCACCUGCUCAGGAGGUGCAGGCAAGAGGAUUACAAGUUUGAGGCCAGAGUAGGCAACUUAGCAAGAUCUGUCUCAAAAUAAACAUGGUAGUGGUCGGAGCUAUCAAAAUGACUUUUGGAAUUUUCCUUCCAGAAUUUUAAAUAAUGGAGUUUUACAAAACUGUUUUGUUGCAAGCAGAAGGCCAAUUGCUUGGUUAUUAAAAUAUAAAUAUCGUAAUGUCUGCAUAGAAAUUCAGAGUACAGUAUAGAAGGCAGUCAUUUUUUAAAAAAAGUUAUAGGGACCUGGGCGUUUACCUCAGUAGAAUGCUAGAGUAGAAGUAGCACACACAGAUAAAGGACCGGUAAUCACAUUGCUUGCGGGCUGGGGAAGGCACUCGUGAGAAAAUUGCAAGUAACCUCAAAGCAGACUGAGCAAUAAAGAUGGCCCAGGCUGAGUGCUCAGAGAAGACACCUGAGGAAAGGUGGCAUUUGAAAGCCGAAUUAGAAGGAUCCAUUGGGCCUGCACUGGGGAGGCUGAGGCAGAAAGAUCCAGUGUUUGAGGCCUGGCUGAGCUACACAGUGAGUCCUGUCUCAGUGACGCCCCUCCACCCCCAGCUCAUUCAUACAGAGCAGGCAAGGAGGCUCGGUGCAGAGGAACUAAGGCCCGUGGAGGCCCUUGGGUAAGGACCAGCAUAGCUACUGGGAGAUGGGGACGAAGAUAGGGUGGCAGAAAGCGGCAAGUGAGAGCAUGGAUGAAGUGAGAGUUGUAGGUGGAGGCCAGUUUUGUUGCUUCUUGUAAGGCAAGAGUGAACAUUUGGAUAAUCCUGGUUUGGAUAAUUGGGGAGUGAUGGAAGCUUGGCAGUGAUUUGCGUGGGACUACAGUGGCAUAUAAGCCCGUCUCUGGUACUGAGAUUAUGGGAGGGGCUGCCACUGUCAGCACCUUUCACACUCUAGGUAGGAAUGUUUCUCUGGAAUUGAUCUGCAAGAAACAUGCACAUUUAAAUGUUUAAUACAUACUAGUUACCCUUUGCCUUCAUUUAGCACUGAAUGAAGUUAUCCAUUUCCAAAACAACACAUUUUAACUUUUGUCAGUGUAAAUGGCUGAUAUCUGUCUUAUUUGGGAGGCUGAGGCAGGAGCAUCACCGUGAGUUUGAGGCCAGCCUGAGCUACAUAGUAAGGCCUUACCUUUAAAAAAGAGUCUUGGAAGCUGGCGGUGUAGCUUAGUAGGAGGGUGCUUGAGUAGAUCAAGCCAGGUCUUAGUUUCAGUCUUCAGUACUGAGGGGAAAAAGUCUUGGUCCUCGAGGGGUGGCCCUGGGUUCAGUUCUCUCAGACAAAUAAAUAAAAUUUAAAGUUUUCUUAUGGAAUUGUGGCCAGAGAUUGAGGAUAAACAGAAAUAUGUUUUUCCUAGAGGCUUUAAUCUCUCAAUAGUGAAUUUUGCAGGUGAGGCUUAUAAAGCAAUGAGGAUCAAUAUUUUGUAACAUGUGCCUGUAUGUUGCUAUAAAUUGAGUACUUGUUUCCUGUGGAUUCCUGGUGUAGAUGGGAAAACCACCUUUAACCACCUUUAGAUUAUUUGAAAUGACUCCCUCUUACAGACAUGCCUUAUACUGAUGGACUGAUAUGGAAAAUGAACACCACCUUGGAAUAUUGGACAUGUGACCUUAUUUGGAUGAGAAAUACACACUAAAGUGUUUGUCUCAGAAGGAGUCUUUUGUUUGUUUUUUGUUUUUGUUUUUGAGACAGUCUCACUGGCCUUAAGCUUCCUAGGUUGCCCAGGUUGGCUUUCAGUUUACAGCAAUCUGAUCUCCCUACCUCAGCGUCUGCAGUGCUGGGAUGACAGGUGUGUGCCACCAUGCCUGUCUAUAAUGCCUGUCUAUACUAUAUUUUAUUCCUGUUGAUAAUCAAAUUAUCUAUAAUUUUUAGGGUAUAGAAAAACCGUUAUCCUUCCUGAAGUUUAAGGUAGAAAGGUUUGAUUUUCAAACUAGCAUAUUUGUUCUGAGAAAACAAAAUUAUUCAAUUUUAGGAAAAAAGUAAUAAAAUACUAUUGAGUCCCUAGCGUGUACCAGGCCCCGUGUUAAGUGUUGCAGGAGCUACAAGGUAAGACCUGAUUCUUAACUCUGGAAUUGAUGGAUUAUGGUAAUAAGAGUUCCUUAUGUUUCCCUUUUCUUGUGUAGAAUACAGUGCCAUCCUAAUUUUCCCAAAGCAUUCAAGUAAGUUUUCAUUACUUCAACUCUGUUUUAAUAUUUGACAUAUUUGGCAUGACAUAAUUGAUACAAUUGAUAAACCAUAAAGUUGGAACAUGUAGAGUAAUACAGUUCAUUUUGUUUAGUAUUCCACAGAGUUAAAUAACUGUUACCAGUAUCUAAUUCCAGAACAUUUUCACAAAGAAACCCUGUGUCCAUUUCUCCUUACGCCCUUCUCCAGAAAGCCACCAAUCAUUUUCCCUGCCUGUUUAGACCCUUAGGUAGCUUGCUGUUGCUGGGAUGCACAUAUCUUAAAAGAGGAAAGAUCUGUUUUGGCUCCUAGUGUCAGAGGUUCAGUUCAUGGUUGGCCAGCUCCCAGGCAGAAAUGUCAUGGUGGAGGAGUGUGGCAGGGGAAAGCUCAUGGCAGCCAGGAAACAGAAUGAGAGAGGAUGAGGGGAAGGGCCAAGAAAACACCCCUCUAGGUUAUACCUGAACAAACCUGCUCGCUAUAACCAGGCCCCACCUCCUAAGAGCACAUUUGGCCAUGAGCUCAUCUGUGAGUUCAUCCAUGGUUGAAGUCAGCAGCCCUAUGAUCUGAUCACCUUCCAAGUGUCUCACUUUGGAGCCCAAAGUCUCGAGAGACAUUUUAAACCUUUAGAGCCUGCUACACUCUUCCCUUGACACGCCUUCAAGGUUCAUCCACACAGUAGCAUCAGUACUCUGUGCUUACUGCUGAAGAGCAUUCUGCAUGGAUUUAUCACAUUUUAGUUUCCCACCUAUCAGCUGUCUUGAAUCUCCACUUCCUGGCUCCUAGAUUCUUUUCCCUGUUUGUCUGUUUUAAUUUUUAAAAAAAGUUUUUGGCAUGUAGAAAAGUUGAGUAGCUAAGUUUCUUCACCACCUUCUGCCCCAACUAUUAACAUGGAUGUCUGCAGCUAGUGAACCAGCACUGAUACAUUCUUACCAAGUCCAGUUUGUUUUCUAUGCUUAGUUUUUACCUACUAUCCUAUGAGAAUUCCAUCUAAGGUAGCACUUUAAAGUUAGUAUUCGUGUCUCAUGACACUUUGACUGACAGGUUGCUUAUUUUGCUGAUCUUUGAUGGUAGUUUGGAGGAAUGACAGGUACUUAAAAUGUUCUUUUAUUGGAAUUUGCUCCUUGUUUUUAUCUUGAUUAGUGUAAGACUUGGAGAGGAUGGAGAGGAAGACCAGCGUACCAUUUUCACCUGGUCAUAACAAGGGUGCCUGCUGCCAACAUGAUUUGUAACUACUGAUGUUGGCCAUUGAAAGCUUUCUGCCCUAGUAUAAAUUACUGGACAUUAUGGCGGUGGGUCUAAUGUGGAAAGCCAAAGCAAAACCCUGAGGACACUUCCUCCUUCCCCUUCAGCCCUGAUUACAACUUCCUGUUUCCUUUUCCAUGCAUGCAAAGAGACUUCCAAUCAGUUCUUCCUGUCAUCAGUGGCUGCCCUUCACAGUCAGAGAUCAUAAAACCUCCCGCCAUAUUUGUCUCUGGCAGAGAAGAAAGCCCAAACCCACGAAUGGUGCACUGUCCACAUCCUCAAUAAAUGCCACUUUUUCUUUCCUUUUGCUUCUCUAUUGCACCAGGAAACCUUAACAGCCUUGCUUACCUGGCUGAGGUAGGAAAGAGUCACCCUGUCUCCAUUCUGUACUCUUUAGAGGGGAGAGCAUUGUGCUUCCCCACUGAAUAGCAGGUCCCGGGGCACAGCAGUUGCAUUCUUUAUUUAGGAUUCUGCAAGAGACCCCCCUUCAUGAAUUUACUCAUUUGUUUUUAUCAGUGUGGACACAUCUGUGUUGUAUUUUGGAUAUUAAUCCAACACUUUUGUUGAAAGUGUCCCAGCUAUGACUUUAAGGAAUGCUUCAGUUUUUUUCCUGCAACCCCUUGGACAUCCAUCAGUGUGGGUUUUUGUUCAGAUUUGGGUCACGUCUUUACAUUCUUCCUUUUGUAAAUAACACAAAUCACCAUGGAAGUUGAUUUUAGGGAAACUAACACUAUUCUCUUCCCUUCCUCGGUGACGGUGGUGGGAUUCCUUUGUUGAUAGAAAGAACUGUGCCUCUCCAGCAAGGGUUAAGGGAAGGCACCAGGGAGUUACCAGGUUAAAUAAGACACCUGACCCAGGCCUCCUGCAGUUAAGAGAGCACACAAAGUCUUUGGUAAGUUUGGGAUUCAAACACAAAUCUGAUAGGCUCAAACUUUGUGUUUCUUUCUCUUCAAACAGCAUAUAAUUAGCCUUAGAGAAAGGAUAAAGAUGAACAAAAGACUUUCAAGUCUAACUGAAAUUCAUUGUCAUUAAACACUAAUGGAAGAUUGACUAGGUGACAAUGGCUUAACUGUUGUUCUUUUAUGGUACAUUUUUAUUAGAGGCCAUCUCAAAAUUUUUUCCCCAAGUUGGUAGGUUUUAAAUUAUGAAUAUGUACCACAGCUAGUAUUUUACCAUACGGUUCCUGUUUAUAUAACAUUGUGUUCUACUUUAGUGGUGCCAUUAAGGAUUUUGAACUAAUUCACAUGAAGCCAGUAAGGAAGCCCUGUUACUUGCAGGGAUUUUGGGUUAGUGAACAGAGCUGUUAUCCUCUUACUGCUGUGCAGUAUAGAUAUUAAACACCAAGCCACCGAUACAUCUAAUGACACUGCAACCCAGGCUUUCUUAAUUGAAGUUUCAGGUUUUAUUUUUAUCACACUAAAAGUGUUUAAAGUUUCUGAAGUGACAGAUUGGAAGAAAGAGAGAGAGAGAGAGAAAGAAAGGCAGGCAUGUGCUCAGACACUAGGCACAGCCUUUGGUGUUGUGGGGCCAGACUCCGAAAACAGGAUUUCUAUGAUGAAACCAACUAAGUGGUCAGGACCGUUGAGAGAAAGGAGGAGAUACCAGCGAUCGCGAUGGUGUAAGUAUAUAGAUUUGUGGAACUUGUUCUAAGCACAUACACCUGUGUGUGCAAGAGAAGUAUUCCUUACUGCGCGGAGUAUUGACAGAAGUGGGAGAAUCACUCCUGUCAAGGAGACUCCUUAGCCUUCCUGCCCUCACCCUGAACUUCCACAACAUAAUGCUAGGCUUUUCUGAAAAUCUGAGUCAGGAACAACACUUAGUGGCAUUUGUGUGUUGGGCAAUAAGUACAAUAGGACUCAUUUUGGGCUGUGUCACAUACUUAGAACAUUAAAAUAGCUCAUUCCACUGUUUUGUAUGAGAACAAAAUUCAUCAAUCAAAACGGGAGAUUAAUCAACGUGUAAAACAUGGAAACAUCCGUGUUUACUCUUCAACUUUCUUUUUCAAACAUCGAAUAUAUGUGGAAUUCUGUCCUCGGAAAAGCCGAGGUGGCCAUGGUUGGGAAUCCUAUUUUCCUGACUUGUCUCUGCACAGUUUUAAAGAUGCAGUAACUGCCCAGGCCAAGCUGGGACCUGUAGGCUGGUCAAACCCUGAGAGCGAGCAUCUUCCUGGUGACGGGUGGGAGAGGAGGAGGGGGUGCUGGCAGCGGACCCUCAUCAUUGGACUGCGUCAGGAGGACGUGACCCCGCUUGAGGUAGGGUUAGAAGCAUAUAAAGCAGGGGAGUGCAGCACACAGUGUCUCCGAGCAGCUUUAAUAAAAGGCCAAGUGUGUCCUUGCCGGCGGUUUGGAAACAAGGAGAAACAGAAAACAAAACCUAACAGGUGAUCCUAGCUCUAGGGCGCCCAGCGCGCGCCGCGCCUGCCCGGCGUCCGGCACUUGCUCUUCCAUGAGCUGUCCAAGAUCUGCGAGCCCGCGCUCCGCGCCGCGGCCCGGCCUACGAAGCUCGGACAGAGAAGUCGGCGAGAUCGACGUCCUGGGAGAGGAAGGAGAUGAAGAUGAGCAGCCGGAGGUGGAGGAGGAGGAGUUUGAAAGGGGGCAGAAGUGCCUAGAGCAACCGCGCCGGCCAGGGACGCGCACAGAGGGCGGCAGCUGCCCGAGCGACUCCUCGGGGUUUGGCCGCGAGUUCAAGGCCCCGGCGAGGUGUGCGGCGGCCUCUGGAGACGCCCCGCAGCCGGCGAAGCCCCCCUACUCGUACAUCGCCCUCAUCACCAUGGCCAUCCUGCAGAGCCCGCACAAACGCCUCACACUCAGCGGCAUCUGCGCCUUCAUCAGCGGCCGCUUCCCCUACUACCGCCGCAAGUUCCCCGCCUGGCAGAACAGCAUACGCCACAACCUCUCGCUCAACGACUGCUUCGUCAAGAUCCCCCGCGAGCCGGGCCACCCCGGCAAGGGCAACUACUGGAGCCUGGACCCCGCCUCCCAGGACAUGUUCGACAACGGCAGCUUCCUCCGGCGCAGGAAGCGCUUCAAGCGCCACCACCCGUACCCGGGAGGCCACCUGCACCACCCCUUCCCCUCGCACAGCGCCCACUUAGGCCUCGAGCUGGGGACCGCGGCCCCGCCACAGCCUGUGCUCGGGAGCCGCCCGUGCGCGCUGCUGCACCCGCUUCCCCUGCGCUACCUGCUGCUCUCCGCGCCCACCUGUGCCGAGGCGCUGGGGAAAGCGGAAGGCGCGGACCUGGAGACCUCGAGCGCCCUCGCGGCGCUGCAGCCGUCGCUGGGCUCCUCGCCUUGGGAGGAGGGCGAAGGGUCCGCGCCGCGCCGCGGAGCGGGGAGCACCUCCUUCAGCAUCGAGAGCAUCCUUCGAGGCGUCGGCACGGGGACCACGCGGAGUCUGCCUCAGACGCCCUGGGGCUACUGCCACCUGCUCCAGCGCCCGUCCUGCCUGGCGCACCCCCAGGCCGCGGCCCCUCUGCUGCACGUGUCCGCUGCCGCCGCCGCCCGGACGCUUUUGCAGCAGCGGGAGCAGCAGCAGCAGCAGCAGCAGCACUGUGCCAGCGGCUGCGCUCCUCCCAAAGGCGCGCUCCUAGGCCAGCACUUGUCCGCCGUCGCGGCCCUGCUGAGGUACCCGCCAGCAGCUGAGGGCCCCAGGCUGACAGCGAUGACCGCCCCUUCGGCCCAAGAGGGGACCUCUCCAGCCUUUUGAGUUGCACCCACACGCGUCCUGCGGGCCGACUCCACCUGGGGCACCUGGAGCCCGGAGGAAGGGGCUCCCCGCCUCGCCUUCCCGCAGUCCGCUCUCUAUCGCCCGCACGCGUUUAAAUCUUGCGGCGGUGGCGCAGCAAACACUGGUUUCUGUUCGAAUCAAAAUAGUUACAAAGGAAUAGUUUUUGUCUGUUCUGUUAAAGAAACCUGGACGUGGUAAAGACGGGGGCCAUCACUUUUUCUUUCCCCUCUAAGGUUGUGGCUCCUGCAGCUUUUCCCGAUGUGCACAUUUCCCAGGAGCUCUGAGCCGGGGCCGUGUAUUCUGGUGUGCUAUUUAAAGAAAAACAAGGAAAACAGUCUCCGGUGCAAAGCAUGUUUCCCUUUUCUCCUCCCCAAGAACUGCAAGUGUUCCCAGUAUUCCAGUAUUCCACCGCAAAACGCGCAUGGGUUCCGCGUCUUCCUGAGCUAGAUGUGUGAAAUAUGUAGAGGGUUAAUUUCGGAAAGCUCACUUCUUACCCACGUCUGACCUGCCAUGAUCCGUGGGGAGAUGCUAAAUGCCUGUGUAGAUGAAAUAAAAUGCCUACGCUCUAUGUCGUUUAUUUAUUUUUAUGUGUCCCUUACUUUCUAACCGGACUUUUUCUUAAAGCUUGUUUUCUUUCCUAGCAAUUAAACAAUGGCCUUUUGGUUUGUAUUUCAUUAUAGAUAUCAGAACAAUAUAUUUUUAUUGUGGCUGUUAAAAAUUCCUAACAUUCGAGGUUUUGAAGACGUUGACGUGUAAAAUGAGAGAUUUCGGGGUGCCGGCUUAGCUCCGUGAUAGGCAGGUGUCUGGCCCCCCUCAGCCUCGCAAAGAGAGCGAGAGGGACGGAGACGAUGCUUAGAGAAUCUUUAGAAGAAAAAGAAUCGGGAGAGAUGUGAAUUUGUUCUUCAAUUAUUUCCGUGUUUAAAAACAUCUUUCCCAAUAAGCUAAUGAUUAUUUGAGGUCAAUUUGGGAGGUAGCAGACAUUUUUUUCAGGCUAUUCAGAGAGAAUAAACGUACGCGUACGCAACGGAAUUUUCAAAGCAUUUUUCUUCCUUUCCUUAACUCAUUUCUAAAAAGAUUUUGUAAGCAUUACUUGACUCCAGGUGACGGAAUGCCGGGAAACAAGACCAAAUGCCCAUCAGGAAAAUGCCUCCUGAAAAGAAAGCAGAUUCCUAGAGCACCGGUCCUUCGGAACCGUCCUUCCCGAGCUGCUCUCACGCUUGUAAACGCUGUUCCCUGCUGUCCCAGUUUCCACUUCGGGAAGGAGGGGAAAUUCGGAAGAUCCUUUUCACAGACAGUAAGUGGCCACGGAUUUCCCGCCCCUUUGCAACUCCGUUGCCCGAGUUACCCGGAACCGCUCGGCCACGCCCUCCCAGCGAUCCCCACCCGCUCCGGGUCCAAGCUUUGGAACGCUUUGGACGUCGCCCCGCCCCACCCGGAGUAGCUGCCGGCUGUGGGCUGGGGACCGCACCCCUCCGCCCUACACGCGGCGCCUUCGUCUGCAAAGUAGCAAGAGUGUUCUAAGGAGAUCCUCUCCUUCCCCACCUUUUUUCUUAGCAAGUCCAGCAAGUCUAGGGGGGCAGUCUGAGAGUCUGAAACAAAGUAAAAAUAAAAGUCCUGUUUCGGUCCA